AUGAAAGUCGCAAUCGCAGGCAUAGGCAACUUUGGCCCCUACCUCCUCGAAGAGAUCCCCAAAGAGGGCCACGAGAUCGUCAUCCUGACCCGAUCCCAAAAGCCCCACAUCAAACUCCCCCAGAAAGUCACCGACUACACCAUCCCCUCCCUGGAGUCAGCCCUCCAAGACGUCGACGCCGUGGUCAGCGCCAUCCCGGCCCACGACCCGGGGUACGUCAAGACGCACCUCGCGCUGCUCGAGGCCUGCCGGCUGUCGCCGCGGUGCAAGAACCUGAUCAUCUCGCACUGGGCCGAGAACAUCGACGACGUGACGGACCACCCCAUCUUCCCGCACGGCGACAACACGGUGCACCAUCUCACGGCGGCCCUGCGCGCCCAGACCGAGGUGGCCUGGACGGCCGUGUGCUGCGGCUGGCUGGCCGACUACGUGCUGCCGGCGUCGCAGCGGCACCUGGGCGAGAUUGGCGCCUUUUGGUUGCAGGACCGCCCGCAAAAGGUCUUUACCGUCUACGGGCCCGGCACGCAGCGCGUCUCAUUUACGCCGUCCAGGGACGUCGCGCGCGCCGUGGCCAGGCUGCUGAGCCGCCCGGGCCAGUGGACGCCCACCACGUUUGUGCGCGGCGACACCAUGACUUGGAACGAGCUGUGGGAGCUCGUCAGCGCGAAAGAGGAGGGCUGGACGUUGAGGAGAAAGUCGAUGGCGCAGAGCGUCCGGCAGCUCGUGGCGGAGGACGGGGACGCGCUGAGCAAGAUGGUGGCCGAGUUUGAGCUCUUUUCGUACGCGGGGGCUCUCGAGAUGCCCGAGGACAGGGUUGCUAGGGAUAGGAAAAAGUUCUUUGAAGGCGUCAAGUUUAGGACGUUGGCGGAGCUGAUGGAUGAGGGGAAGGCCAAGCCGGAAUCUAUCUUGUAG